CGAGAAUUCGUCCAAAAUUAAAUUUAAAGUAAAUCAAGAAUUUGAACGAAGGGUUGAGCCGACGGCUGUGAUGCCUUCACGUCCUCCCCGUUCCUGACCCGAGUUAACUCGCUCCUUCCACCGGUUUACGUCUCUCCGUUCGUUCUUUGCGAAGCUUAGCCGCUUAGGAGGACCGAACACCGCAGAGUCUGUGUGCGUCUCAUCCCCCGAUUCUCACCGGAUUUAUCGGCGUCGUUCUAGUUUCGUGUAGGGUUUUUCGAGAUACACCAAUGAAGAGGACGAGUUAGAAGAAGAUGAACAAAAGUUCCGCCUUUUUCCUCCGGUAGCGGCCGAUUUCUGCUCCCUGUCGCCGGCGGGGCUGAGCUUGGCGUACUGGUCAGGUGAAAGCGGUCGUUGGGAACGCCAAUCUUUCUGUAACAGUGUUAAAAGGAGGGCGGCUGCUGAAAGGGCAUCUCUUUUACCCUCUCUGUGUGUUGAACUCGAGAGCGAAACAGAGAGGUUUGGAUGAUGGAAUUGGAGAAUCCAUCCUCCAUGACAGCCUUCAACUCUGGUUCCGGCGAGGCCAGCGUCUCCUGCUUCGGCCAACUCCGGCCGACACCGCUGCCGCUUGUGGUGGUCAAGAAGAAGAGGAACCUUGCCGGAAUUCAAGAUCCGGAGGCGGAGGUGGUGGCGCGGUCGCCGAAGACGCUGCUGGCGACCAAUCGGUUCGUGUGCGAGGUCUGCAGCAAGGGGUUCCCGCGGGACCAGAACCUGGAACUGCACCGCAAGGGGCACCACGACCCGUCGCGGGCGCUCGGCGACCUCAUCGGCAUCAAGAAGCACUUCUGCCGGAAGCACGGGGAGAAGGAAGUGGAAGUUCGACAGGUGCUCCAAGAAGUACGCCAUGCAGUCCGACUGGAAGGCCCACGCCAAGGUCUGCGGCACCCGCGAAUACCGCUGCGACUGCGGCGCCCUCUUCUCGCGGAGGAAAAGCUUCAUCCCCCAUAGAGCAUUCAGCGAUGCGCUGGCGGGCGAGAGAAUGAAGACGAAGGAUCUGUCAAACACUAAUCCAAAGCCGCGCAGCGGCAGCAGAUGAGGAAGCAACAGCGGCGGCGGUCCUGCAGUCUUGUAGCAAAUGGGCUCUGGUGCACUUCAUCACCUGUGCAGGUGCAGUGUUCCUCCCCCGCGAUUCGGAAGGAGGAGGUGGCGGAGGAUGUGUUCUUCCUCCUCCUUGCUUUAUUAGUUCUACAUACAUUGUCGUCAUGUUAUUUAGCUGCCAUUGAAGCUGUUCUUUCAUGGUCUUCUGUCUGCUGCCAACAUCGUAGCUUGCACAAACUCACGUGAUGAGGUUGCUCUCAAAUGAUGAUGAUGUAUAAAUCGUUGCAGUCUCACAAGUCAUCUCCUCCAUGUUAGAUAUUAUACAGGAUUUAUAUCAUAACUUAAACGUUUGAAUUGAA